GAAUUGAAUAAUAUGGAGGGUACAAAUACAAAGAUGGGAAUGGAAGAGGAGGAAGUUUUAAAAGCUCAAGCUCACAUAUGGAACCACAUCUUCAGCUUCAUCAAUUCCAUGGCUCUGAAAUGCGCUAUCGAACUCCGCAUUCCAGACGCCAUCAGCCGCCAUGGCUCACCUAUCACCCUCUCUCAACUCCUUUCUUCUCUCCAAAUUCACCCUCGAAAGUCCCAACAUGUCCGUCGUAUAAUGCGUAUAUUGGCUCACUCUGGCUUCUUCCUAAUACAGAACAAAACUACCCAACAAGGAGAUGAUGAUCAAGAUCAAGAAGAAGCAUACUCCCUCACCAAUGCAUCUAUUCUUCUUCUUCAACACAACCCUCUAACUUUGUCUCCCUAUCUACUUUUCGUCCUCAACCACUCCAUCUUACACCCAUGGCAGUCUCUAUCGGUUUGGUUUCGUAGUAACGGCCUCGAUCGAUCCCCAUUUGAGACAGCUUAUGGGAAGAAAUUUUGGGAGUAUAUGGAGAGUGAAACAAGAGAUGGGGAGGCUUUUAAUGAAAGCAUGGCAAGAGAUUCGAAGUUGGUGAUGAGUGUUUUGUUGGGGAACUAUAAGAGUAUGUUUGAGGGAGUCGAGUCGUUUGUGGAUGUGGGAGGUGGUACAGGAACUUUGGCAAAAGCCAUGGCUGAGGCCUUUCCACAGAUGAAAUGUUUUGUUUUUGACCUUCCUCAAGUUGUGGCUGGCUUGGAAGGAAAUCAUAACUUGAUGUUCCUUCAAGGGGAUAUGUUUCAAGCCAUUCCUCCAGCUGAUGCACUUCUAUUGAAGUGGAUAUUACACAAUUGGAACGAUGAAGAAUGUGUAAAGAUACUGAAGAAAUGUAAGGAAGCAAUCACAAGCAAUAAGUUGAAGAAAGGGAAAGUGAUUAUAAUUGAUAUGGUGGUAACCAAUAAUAAUAAUAACAAUAAAAAAGCGGAUUAUUAUUCGAUCCAAACUCAACUGUUUUGGGACAUGGUGAUGAUGGCUGCAGUUGGUGGAAUGGAAAGAGAUGAACAAGAAUGGGCUCAAUUGUUCCAUAAAGCUGGAUUUGCUUCCUACAACAUCUUUCCUAUUUUAGGUUUAAGAUCUCUUAUUGAGCUUUAUCCCUAAUUAUUAGGUUUAAAUACCACUUUUGUUCUUAUUUUUUUUUUUAUUGUGGUCUAUUUUUGGUUCAUAUAUUUUUAAUUUUGAUUCAUUUUUUUGGUCCAUAUACUUUAAAAUUAUUCAUUUGGUCCCUAUAUUUUUUAAAUUUAGUUCAUUUUGAUCUUUAUACUAUUAAAAAGUGACCAUUUUGAUCCCUUCAUUUUUAUUUUUAUUUCAGUUAAGGGAUAAAAUGACACUUUUUGAAGUUCAAUGACUAAAAUGAACCAAAGUUGAAAGUACAAUGACCAAAAUGAAUAUUUUUAAAGUAUAAAGACUAAAAUGAAUCAAAGUCGGUAGUAUAAGGACCAAAAUGAACCAAAAUAAAAAAUAUAAGGACCAAAAAGUAGGAUUUAAACCUAGUUAUUAUUAAUGUCUUUCUUUAAAAAUUUUUUCAUAUAUUUUAUGUUGAUUAUUGUUGCAUUGAAAAUAAGAGCUCGAUCCUUUGGAGA